UGGCGGAUAAUUUGGUGCCGCUCUUGCCAUUGGUGCGGUGGCUGCGCCGCAGUUCCGCCGGGCACUGCGCGCUAGCCGCCGCCGCCGCCGAACCACCCCGAGAGGGACAACCUCACUCACUGACUGAGUGAACAGCUAUGGAGGACUCCGCUGCGGCUAUCGUUACCGGACCGGCCGCUGCGGCGCCACUCAAACUCGGAUCAGUGCAUCAGACCCCAUCCUCCGGCGGCGACGCGUCGCCUGGCAGCGGCAGCUUCCUCAUGUCCGACGGCAAGAGUCCUUCACCCCCUCCUCAACAGAACGACGCUCGGUCGUCACCCAUGCACAGUUUCGGAGGAGGCUCACCCCUACUUCACGGCAAGCCCCUGCCCCCGGCUUGCUUUCCCUUAUCCCUCCUUUACGGGCAACCCAGUUCCUACCUGUUCGUCGGCUCAACGCCCCUCGUACCUCUCCCGCCGCCGCCGCCAGUGCCGCCGCCGGCUCCGGGACCGCCGCACGAUCUCCACACCCGAGGUCUCCUCUUCCCACCGCUGCACGGAUCGUUUGCGCCUCCUUUCGAUCCGUUGUCCAAGUUCAGCGAUGAGGCUAAGCCCCUGCCGCUGUGCCUGCUGCAGGAGCGUAUGGCUGCCUCUUGCCUAGAGCUGGCCGUGGGACGCAGCGCAUUCGGUCGCCGAGCCGCUGCACUGGAGGCGGCCCUGCAGAGUGCUUCCAGGCCCUACGAGCAGGCGAGCAAGUGGCGCUGCGACGAUCCGGCCUUGCUCAAGCUACAGUCGCAGCCGGCUUUCCCAGAGUCGCCAAAGUGUUCCGAAGCUAGUCCUUGCAGCGAUGGUCCGCUGUCCGUGGUGUCCCCCAAGUGGAGUGCGGGCCAGUCUGCCAGCUGCCCGGUAUGUGGCGCCACCCUCGCUCAUGCGUCGCAAAUGGCCGACCAUCUUCAGAUGGAGAUGGACAAAUUAGCAGAUUUUUACAGUUGUCGCCGGUGGAUGAUCCAGGAAGCUUCAUCCGGCGAUGAAGAAUGUCCCGCGACCGCAGAGCGACGGCCACCCUACGGACCGGACAAGAGGUCGCCCCUGUCGCGGUGGGAGACGUACCUCAAAGUCCGAGGAAACCGACAGCAACGUCUGAACGCCUUCUGCGGUCGCAAGAUGCAGCAGCAGCAACAGCAGCACAGGCAGCGAGCUACACUGGACGCUCUACCCCUCGACCUGAAGGCUGGACCCAGGCAUCCGGAGUCGAGGGUAGACGACGGGACGACCCUCAAGGUUGAAGUGGCCGACGGAGGCAACGAUCCGCACGAAGGAGGCAGAUCGCCGUCGGGCCAGCAGCGGCAUCCGUGUGGAAGCCCCUUCUCGCCCGUCUCGCCCGGAGCCGAGGAUGGAGCUGGGGGAGAUCCCGCAGCAUCGGGGGGCAACGCCUCCAACGGGAACGCUUCCGAAAAGAGUGGAGGCUCUUGGCCCGAUGAGGAUGGUUCUAGGCCCUCGUUGCGAUGCGGUGUUUGUAGGGAACCAUACUGCAAGCCUGUAGUGUCUGUCUGUUGCUGGCAUGUCCAUUGUGAACGUUGUUGGAUACAGUCUUUGGGAAGCAAGGGACUUUGCCCGCAGUGCGAAACCAUCACUUGCACCUCGGACCUACGCAAGAUCCACCUGUAACUUUCACCCACCCCCUCCCACCGGUGUGUACAUAUAUCGAGAGAAAGAAAGAGAGAGAGAGAGAGAAUAUGUGUGUGUGUGCGUGUGUGGCGAGGCCCCGGGUCGGGCUCCCGGGGCCUCCUUUUUGCUGCAAUAAAACCCUCCGCAU